AUGAAAAAAUCAAAUAUCCAACAUCUCUUCACACAUUUAGUCUUAAGUUUUGUGAUUUUUAGUGCUAUUUCGGGGAUCUAACAUAAAACAGAAGCAAAAGGGAGCUUACCUGAUAAUUGGUGGGAGUAGAGUCUGGCCAAACCCAUUCACAGCUCUUAGGAAUACUUUGAUUUACUUGGAGGAGAAGGCAAGAAUAAAUUUGUUUUUAUCGACUUUUACAUGGAAUACUGCUCUUGGUGCUACUAUAUCUUAGCUGAUUUCAACUAGUUGAUUGAAGAUAUGAAUGAGUGGUAUGGAGAGGAAAAGGUAGAAUUCAUCAAGGUGGAUGGAAACAAAAUCAAAAAGCUAUAGGAGUUGUACAAGGUUCCAUCAUAUCCAUACUUCGUUGCUGUUGUCCCUGGUACCAAUGGCAAAACUUAUAGUGCCUUCAAAUAUCAACCCAGAAACUAUGAUACUCUUAAAAAGUGGAUGCUUGAGGUAAUGGCUACCACACCCAUGAAAGAUCAAACCCCUAGCUCAGUGGUGGCUGAAGAGUCUACCUACAAGCAAGUAACAGUGCCUUAAAUGCAAUAGUAGAUGCCAUAGGCAACUGCAUAAGCUCAAAAAUAAGUGCACACCUCUAUGAUUUCUAAUGCUAUUAAAGAUAUCGGAAGCUAGUAAAAUACUUAGAAUAAGAAAAUGGAAGAGUUAAUUUAAUUACUUGAGAGUGCUUUAAAAGAUGAUCCAUCAAUGGGAGGAUAAUAAUAACCAGAAUAAUAGAAAACUGAGCAAGCUGGUGUUCAACUUUCUCCAGCUACCUACAUCCUUCUAGGACUGAUAGGAGGUACUUUGGCAUCGGUAACUCUGAUAGCUUAUGUAAGCAGACAAAAUGUAAAAUAGAGAAAAGCAAAAAUGCGAAGAGAGCCUUCUUCUGGAUCUCCAUUAACUAGAUCGUUAGAUGAAGAAAAAUCAGCAUGA